UCCAGAUUGUAGCAUUGACACGCUCUCCACCAAUGCCAGCCAGGAGCUGCGAGGCCUGGGCAUUCCCAAGGUGUCAGGCCUAGAGCGCAGUCAAGAGAAGAGCGAGGAGACAUCCCGUGAACUCUCCUCGGCCACCCCCUCACUGGUGCCCACUUCCCAUCCCAAACCUCCCCUCCCCGCCCCUCUUCACAUCCAGCCACCCCGCUCUAACCGGGGGAUACCCUUGCCCCCAAGCCCAGUCCAAACCCAGCACCCUUGCCCAGACCGUCCACUUAGACCGCUGUCACCCCCUACCACCCUUCCUCAAACCCAGGGCCAACAGCCCUCUCAGGCACCCCCAGCCCAGCCUCAGCACCCACCUGAGCCUCCACCUCACCCAAGGCCACCUCGAACUCCAGGCAUCUAUAAUCACCCCCCAUCACCAGCGCUACCAUCCCAGCAGAACCCCACCCAACCUGUGCAGCACAGACCGCCCUCUCGUUGCCAUCCGCGCCCAAUCUCGGCCUACAGCAGCAGCCUUACCCUCAACGGCCUGAGCAGUCGAAGCAGCACUCCAGGGAAGCUCCCGGGCCCCUCUCCAGCCCCUCACCUGCACCAUCACCAACCUGCCCCCACUGGGGCAGCAGCCUCCUUCCCCCUGCCCCUGCCGGCAAACCCCACGGCUUCGCACACCUUCCCCCCCUCCCAGCCGCCCUCCACUCUUCCUCAUCACACCAAUAUGUUUGCAUCGCCUGCUGCUCUGCCUCCACCUCCUCCUCUCACCUCAAACACUCUGCCGGUCCCCGGACACCCAGCUGGGAGUGCCUACUCAGAACAAGACCUUCUCCGGCAGGAAUUAAACACUCGUUUCCUGGCAUCUCAGAGUGCUGAUCGCGGGGCAUCACUGGGUCCCCCUCCAUACCUGCGGACUGAGUUCCACCAGCACCAGCAUCAGCACCAGCACACACACCAACACACACACCAGCACACCUUUACCCCUUUCCCCCACUCCAUCAUGCCCACGCCUGCACCACCCAUGGUGCGUACCCCAGCCAGAAAUUUCGACAAAUACCCCACUAAAGUCGACCCCUUCUACAGACACAGCCUGUUCCACUCUUACCCCCCAGCAGUGUCUGGCAUUCCGCCCGUCAUCCCACCAACGGGGCCCUUCGGAUCUCUGCAGGGAGCGUUCCAGCCCAAGACCUCAAACCCUCUAGAUGUGGCAGCCAGGCCUGGAGCCAUCCCACACACACUCCUUCAGAAAGACCCUCGGCUGACAGAUCCGUUCCGGCCGGUUCUCAGGAAACCAGGAAAGUGGUGUGCUAUGCAUGUCCAUAUAGCCUGGCAAAUUUACCACCACCAACAGAAAGUAAAGCAGCAGAUGCAGGUUGACCCACACAAGUUGGACUUUGGCCUCAAGCCGGAGUUCUUAAGUCGACCCCCAGGCCCCACUUUUUUUGGAGCUAUCCAUCACCCUCAUGACUUGGCGCGACCUGCAUCGCUUUUCUCAGCAGCAGGGUCCACGCAUCCCUCAGCUGCACCUUUCGGACACCCUCCACAUCAUCCUAGCAACUUUCUUACCCCAGCACCCCACUUGGAGCCCUUCCACAGACCGUCUUCAUUUGGAGGUCUAACCUCAUUAAGCACUGCAGCCUUUGGUGGACUGGGAAACCCAGCACUCGCAUCCAACUCUGUAUUUGGCCACAAAGAAGCACAACAGCACUUCAGCGGACCCCACGAGCCAUGGAACAGACUCCACCGUACUCCGCCAUCUUUCCCCACCCCACCUCCCUGGCUCAAACCUGGAGACAUUGAACGCAGCGCGUCGGUCAGCUCCCAUGAGAGAGAACGAGAACGAGAAAGGGACAGAGAGAGAGAACGUGACCUGGACAAGAGGGAUUCAUCAGUCAACAAGGAUGAUAAAGAGCGGGAAACUGCGGAAAAGAGGCACCAGAAUCACCCAUCCCCAAUUCCUGUUAACCCCCUCACUCUGACGAGUCACACCCGAUCAUCUGAGCCUUCCCGGAACCACAUCCCUUCUAGUGAGUCUCGGGAUAAGGACAAGCCCAAAGAUCGUGAGAGAGAACGAGAGCACUCGAACUGGAAAGACUCCAACACAGAUGAGCACAAGGUGAAGGAGAAUCACCACAGUGACAAAGACACUCCCGUCAUCCACGACAGCCGGGUUUCUGAAGACAAGCCGGCAAAUCGGGUUACAGCAUCACCCUACAUGCGGCCAGGCACCAUAGAUCGGGUCAACGGCGGGCUGACUCGAGAUGUUCUGGAGAAGAAGGGCGAUGUCACCUAUGAGAAGAAAAACAGUGAGGUGAAGGUGAAAGAAGAGAGAAAAGAGGAGCAGGAUGGUCCCACAGGGAGAUCCCCGGAGCAGAGAUCCACACCACAAGCACCUCCUCCUGCUGCUCUCCACCCUCCAUCUUCAAUGCCUGUACCCAUGGGCAUGCCCAGUAUGCAUCCCAUAAACAGUAUCAGUAGUCUGGAGAGGACUCGUAUGGUGGCCCCCUUCAUGGGUAUCAGCCCCAUCCCAGGGGCAGAGAGGUUCCCCUAUCCCGCCUUUCAUUGGGAUCCCAUGAGGGACCCUUACCGGGGACUCGAUAUCCACCGGAGGGAUCCAUUAGCUCGAGAUCUGCUACUGCGGAAUGAACCCCUGCACCGGUUAGCAGCGCCACGCCUUUAUGAAGCAGAGCGCUCGUAUCGAGACCGUGAGCCUCAUGACUUUAACCGAGACCUCCCUCACGGUCUGACCUUGGAACAGCGGCGGGAACAAGAGCGGGCGCACAUAGAGGAGCGGGAACGUCUGCACUUGCUCCGAGAAGACUACGAGCAGGGGCGUCUGCACCUGAUGCAUCACCCCGCUUUAGACGGACACCUCCCUCACCCGGGUCUCAUGGCCCCUGGACUUCCCAGCAUGCACUACCCCCGUGUUAGCCCCUCCUCUGCCGUAGCUGCCCAGAAUGGAAUCCUCAACAAAACCCCUCCCACCGCAUCACUCAGUGCCCCACCCCCUCUUAUCCCAACCCUGGGAGCGCGUUCCACGUCUCCCAGACGGACUACCCCACUCGGCACUGACAUUAGAGACAGACCCCCUUCACACACACACAAAGACAUCGAGGCACGGUGAGACCCCUGAUGGACUGAAAUGGAACUCAAAAGCAAGCACUUGAGACUGUAUCAUAUCUGUGUAUAGAUUGUGCAUUACUGAUGGUUUUUUUUUUUUGUGCAUUUUGCUUUUGUACAAAAGACUGAGAUUUUUCAUGCUCUUUUAUCCUGUUCGUUGCUGUGUAUUCUUAAACAUGUACAGUACACUGAUCUCGAGCAAGUGGACAAGCGUUAGAUCUCCCAACAUGGAAAAAAUGGUCUUGGACUUGGUACCUUUACAGGUACCUCAAUACAUUGCAAAAAGGCAGAACUUGUAGAUAUGUGUAAAGUCGGUGUAUUUCUCUCCUUGAGGGAAAAAAAAAUUAAGGUACAAUUAUUAUGCAAAUGGAUGUUAUGAAAGCUUUACUUUGAAAUGCUGUACAUAGUGGGCAGUGAUCAAAUGGAUAGUGAGUGCACGGUCUCUGGUUUUAGUUUAAUGCUGCAUAUUAAUGGUUUGGAAAGAUAUUGUCCAAGAGAUCACAUCCCUUCUUUCAACUAUGCAACUCAUGCGUGGGCGCUCUCUCUGUAUCACUUUUUCUCUCCUCUAGAGCAAUGGUUCCCAACCCUGGUCCUGGAGGCACCCCAACACUGCACGUUU